AUGGUGGAGGCGCUUGCCCCUGCGCUCAGCGGACCCGUGCACCAGCCGUACCCGCUGAUCGCCGACCGCGUUCUUGGAACCUGGGCGAGGUCGACACAUGACUUCACUGACGGUGAUGGCCGUUCGGACACGCUGACAUCCGUCAUGCUGCUCGUGCUGGCCUCGGACCUGGUGGCCACCAUCAUCACCUACGCCUUCCCCCGCGCCGAGCCGACCAUCUGCUUGAUGAUCAUCUUAUUGGCGACCUUCCUCUGCCCCUUUACCUGGUUCCAGUCGCCGAAAAACUUCUGGAUGGUGGGCGUGGUCGGACUGGCCACCUCUCUGUCAGCCUGGCUGCUGCUGCUGAUGAAGAUGUGCGCCGACUUCUGCCAGCGGACGCAGCCGCCGCCGCGGGGGCCGCCCACACCGCUGCGUAUGAUGGUCGGCAUGAGCAGCUUGUGCAGCAGCUUCAUCUCGGCUGGCGUGCAGCCCACCAUCCAGGCCGACAUGCGGGACCGCACCGCCUUCUCCGGCACACUCACUGCCGUCUGGAUAGUGAUCACCGUAAUGGUGCUGUCUUUUGGUGUGACCAGCUACAUCCUGAUCGGAAGUGAUGCCAAGUCGAACGUUGUACACAACCUGGAGCCCGGCAGGCUUCUGCUUGCCAUACAGAUACUUAUGCUCACGCAUGUUCUCACCAGCUUUGUCCUGUACAUCAAUCCCCUGUAUCAAGAGCUUGAAGAAAAACUCAGCAUACCCGAAGUGAGCGAGGCGCUGCCCGACUUCGGCCACGUGCUCGACAUCAUCUCGGUGCUGGCCAUCACUAUCACGCUGGUGCUGCCGCCUCUGCUGUACCUGCGGCUCGCCGGCCUGCCGCGUGUGGACCUGUGA